UGGUGGGGGAUUACUGCCCGGCAUGCAUGCUGUAUGCAUUUACCAAAGGGGCCAACUUGCCGUGUUCAACGGUCAUGCAUGUACGAUCGGGGGGAAAAAUUCUCGCAUGGCGGUUAUCGGGCAUAAAGCGCUUGUUGAUAGCUACACUGUAGGCCGGCAGUCCAUGGCCGAGCAGGGAUAGAUUAGCCAGAAUUGGGGAUAAUUUGCCGCGUUUUGAGUUGGCUGGGAACAUGUUAAACCAUGGCUGUUUCGAUUCGGACUUGGCACACAUGAAGCCUAAUCUACAGCGUGUUGUGUCAAUGAGUGUGGCGGCGCGGUACCGGCACGGUACGGUCCAUUCAGCGGGUGAGCUGUCUCAAUAGGAGUUGUGCAUAGUUGGCUGGUCAUCUAUUGAGCAAAGUGGCCCAGCGCAGUGUGGGAAGGUACCCCCUCUGAAUAGGCGGCUGAAUGAAGGUUCUUGUUGUGCUGGUUUCAUCGCUGUGUCGGCAUCCCUGCUGAGAUUUUUCUCUGCGGUGAAUGAAAUACACUUUUGUCGCUGGGAGAAGCUUAAAACUUUGCCGACAACUCAUGCCGUCGACUGGCAGCAGGCUGAAACGUGCGCAUUCCCCGGCGCCAUGACACUUCAGGUAUACCACUACAUGGCAGAUUGUGGUGGAAACUUCACGGAGAACCUGCCCACUAGCCAACGGCCGCCCGUGCCCGGUGAGGAAAAUGAAACGGCAUCGACGGGUCCCGCCGGCAUCAGCAAGGAACGGUCACCUUCAGCCACGCCACGUCGGUCCACGCUCGUGGCAAACAUGAAGGCCGGACUCAGAGGAGAUAUGGACGAGGAUGAAGCCCCGUUGGGGUUUGAACCUGAGGGGUCGGCAUCGACCACCCCACCUUACACGCGCUGGACGGAGAGUCUGCACGCCUUGCUUUCUGACGAAGAUGGGAUUUGCCUAUUCAAGCAGUUCCUGGUGCAGGAAAAGGCCCAGGACCCGCUCUUGUUUUGGCUGGCAACAGAGGGUUUCAAGAAGAAAUCGGCAGACGACCCCAAGCGAAAUGAACUAGCUAAGGUCAUCUACAAGAAGUUUGUGAAAGCGGAUGGACAACAAGUGGUCAAGCUUUCCUCAGCGUUGAGAACUAACAUCGCAGGAAUGGUGCGUAGCUCAGUGUUUGACGAGACCUUGUUUGAUACAGCUCAGGCGGAGGUGGAGGAACACAUCCGGGAGUCGACCUACCCGAUGUUCCUCAAGUCCGAUUUAUACGUGCAAUACAUAAACAAUGGUGGAAUUAGCCCCAAGAGUAGCGAGUGCAGCUCCAGUGGGGGCAACUCCAGGAUUACAGGGUACCUGCCGACGUUGCCAGAGGAUGCGGAACUAACGGACAUCCCAAGCGGAGACGCUGCUGCCACCAAUCAGGGACAGGUACCUCUCACCAUGGAGAUGCUCAUGAAGACAUCAUUUCAUCGCCAUGGUACGAGUAAGACGCAGGAAGGGUGUUACCUGAAAGGAAGCAGCGCCCGUGUGCCGAGUCCCUAUCACCCCAGCUUCACGUCUUUCGCGCCAGCUGUAUCCACCAACGAUUCGGAGCUGCAGAGCUUGUCGAGCGACGCCAUUUCGGAUGACACCAUGUCGCUGACGGACUCCAGUGUUGACGGUGGGCCCAUGAUGGGGAGACAUCAGAAGCAGCAGCAAAGACGGAGGCAAUACCGAGCCAUGAAGACCAACGUCAGGCAGAAUGGACGGGUUACAUCAUUCCCACCCUUCCCUAUAACUCAGCGUCCACCCAAGGAUGUCCAGCCCAUGGAGCCGGCAGAGUUCGCACGUAUUCUGACCGAGAAACUGGAGAGGGUCCUAAGACAACGAGAGACGGAGGAACGACUCUCGGCGAGGUUACGAAAAGUGGAGGAAGAGGAAUCGGACCCAGAUAGGACAGCCAGUGCAUCUGAUGCGCCCAGGUUAUCGGCGGCCAUGUUUGAGAAAGGAGCGUUACCCGAAGACGACCCCAACAGCAUUCUAGAUGACCACUUCUCCCGCGUGUUCGUGGACUCGGCGAGGCACACGCCGGGGGAGUACUCCCCUCGGUCGCGAUCGCCCGAGCGCGUCCACCGGGCUAAGGUAGCUAAUCCGCUGAGCGGGUCCAUGGUCCAACCGGGAAUAAACCCCAAGCAGAUGAUUCCUCAUCAUCAGCUGCAACAGCACAACAAACUCAUCAUGCAGCGACAGCGGGCGAAGGACGCUUACACGCCGGGUUACAACGUGGACCCCGAGAUGUCCCUUGCUCAGUACAAACACUUGAUGCAUCACAAGGCCAAGCAGAUCGAAUUUGAUGCCGGAGCGCAGAGAACAUUGACGGCCGAAACGGGCGACUCAAUAUACCACAAACUCCGAGCCAGAGGAGACAGUAUAACCAUGGACCUAAUAACGGACUCCUCACGGCAUGUGAAAACCAAAAAGUCCAGUAAAAAGUCUGAUAUUUCUUCCAUCUCCAAGACGACGGACAGUGGGAUAUACGAGGGUCCUCCUUCGCUGCCAUCGGACAACGAAAGGAAGCAACACAUCGAGCAGUGGAUUGAGGAAGGGGAGAGGUACAGCAAGCAAGUCAUCGGCAAGCAGUACCGUCGGACCAGCCACCGCAUUUCCCCUGAUAUCACGCAGACCUCAUCCGUGCCACCGCACAGACAAAGUAUGCCAAAGAAGCCCGUCGCCUACAACACCUCGCGGCCCAACUCCCAGGAGCGGACGCACUGCCUGACCAAGGUGCUACCCCAGCGCAGCUCCCCGCACCUCCCCACCCAGCCCAUCAUGCAGGACCCCAGCAUGCCCGUCAAUAAGCCCCCCGAGCCCCUCACCGUGCUGGAGGAGGUGCGGCGAAGGAUAGACGUCUCCAGCAAACAGAGGCAGAGGCAUUCUGAUGGCGUCCGCAAGGAGAGGAGACCCACCAGCGGAAACCCUCCAACCCGUGUAACCUCAGCGCCUGCCAAGAUGGCUCCAGUGGUCUCGCCAGAUAUGAUGGAAGACCAAGGGAGGAAAAGUGGGUCCAAGCAGCGCACCUUUGCCCCGCCGGACGGUAAGGAAACAAUGACAACGACGGUAGCCUACUACUUCUGCAACGAUCCCAUCCCCUACAGGACGACACUACCGGGCGACAAGAUCACGUUGGCCCAAUUCAAGACUCUCAUUUCCAAGAGGGGUGACUACAGGUAUACCUUUAAGACGCCCAGCGACGAAUUUGACACGGGAGUUGUCCACGAGAUCAUCUCGGACGAUUCAACAAUUCUACCCAUCUACCAGGGCAAAAUCAUCGGCAAAGUGGAGAAGAUCGACUGAGUACGGUUGCCAGCACCCGACGAUUUGCCCGAAAAAAUUCCAAACAGAGCUACCCCAACCGUGCCAACAACCGCCUGACGUUGCAAAGUGAAAACUGUCGGCAUUUUGUUUAACAAAAUUAAACCAAAGGUGAAACCGUACUGUUUUUUUUUAUGAUCGUAUGCAAACUCCUCCAAAAAAAAGUAGACUUGAAGCAUUAACAUGUGGCAGUUUCUGGUUUGAAUGUGCCAGAGCUGGAAUUUGUCUACGAAAUUGCUGCAAAAUAUCUCAGCUACUUUUAACUACAUGUACAGUACUUAAAAUAUUCAAAUACAUCUCUGUCAUGCCAGUCGUGUCCAGCUCCUGUAAUACAAGACAUUGACACAGCAUUUGUGAUGCGAUCAAGCUAAAUGAGUCGUUGGUCAGGAAUUUUUAUUUGGAGAUUCAGGCCAACAUAGGGCCACUUCAUCACAUCACUUCAUCACAUCUCUUGGUGUUCCGACUUCCAUAAUCU